UUCUAAUUGUAAAAUCACUUAAGAAAAAUAGUGAUGUGAACUCUUCACUCGUAUGGCUGACAAUUUUGGUCUGUCAGACACUAUAAACGGUUAAUGGAGCCCAAUCAGCACAGUACUAGAAUGGUAGCCUGAAACUGAAAAAACGACGAAAUUGACCGAAUCGAGUUAGUUCAAUCAAUUUGAAUUAUACUUGUCGUUUGACUUAUAAGUUAAGAUUUUCAUAAAAACCGAUCCGAAUCAAUUCAUUUAUACCCUACCUCAAUGGCCUACAGGUACAAGAAAAGAAACACCAUUACUGAAAGUUGUACUUGAAUCAGAGUGGGCUCUAUCCCAGCAAGACCUGACCUGGACUUAUUUUCCCUUUCCAAUAUCAGCUCAUCCAACGUUCUUCAACCUUUCCCUUUUCUUCAGCUGUGUAGUUUUCAUUGAAGGGACACAAGAAAAAGAUCAGGUUAUGCUUAGCCUACAAGGCAAAAGGAAAAAUAUCUUUGGUCUUAGUCUUUAAUGAGCAAACAAAGGGGCAAAACAGAACAAAAAAAUGGGGUGGUGCAGAAACAGAGCUUUAGGGAUGUAUUUGGCUGUCUGUUUCAAACCCCAGAAAAAACAGACCGCCAUGCACAUCAUUUUGUAACCAUUCAUCGAUCCCAACACCCAAAAAGCAAAAAAGAAAGAAAAAAAAGAUUCCUUUUUGUUUCAAAAUAUAGAAGGAGACGACAUGUGGCCCUCGACCGACGAGGAAGUCGACAGACACAGACAGCAGCUCCCAAUCGGAUGCUCUGUUCUGUUGUUGCGUGUCGCUUCAGAAGAAAGUUGUAUGGCUUUGCACAUGGUGAUAUGGUUCUUCAAAAUCCCGUGUCCUUUUCUUACUCAAUUUUCAAUCUUGGCAGAGAAAAUAAGGCUUUCAUAUCAUCAGCCCACCCUCUCCAGGAACCAACUUUCUUUCUGGUUUUCUGAUGCGUUUCUCUGACUCGGUUUUAGAUUUUUCUUCUUGCAAUCGGUUUUGGAAGACCAAACAUUGUUUAAUAAUAACAUAAUCUUGUGUCUUAAAACGUUUCGGGAAUCCAAACGUUGUUGUUGGGAACUUCCAAUGGCUCAAGAAGUAUAAAUAAACUAAACUCACGAGCUUAAAAACAGAGUAUUCUGAUCAGAUCAGAAGAAGAAGAAGAAGAAAGAAGAAAUAAGAAAGGCAUAGCUUUUUCCAAAUGGGGGGGAAAGGGGUGGGUUUCUUUUUUCUAAUAAUUUUAUUUUUGAAAUACGUUACCGAAAGGAGACGAAGAUUCUUACCCUUACCCAAUGACCUUAAAAACUCCGAGUUUUUUUUCAACACCCACUUGGGAAAUUUUAUUACCCAUCAUUUGGCGUGGUUAAUGGCAAUAAAUCUAUUGCUUAAACCCUUAUUUAGCAAUGCAUUUACUACAAAUGGGAAACUGGUCACAUCCCAAAUGUAAUAAAUCCUUUUGCCUGUCCUCUGGUUUUCUCUGGUUUUUUCUCUCUCUCCUCCCUAAUAGAACAGAGAGGCAAAAGAGAGAAAAAAAAAAGAAGCAGAUAAGAGUUCUCUGUCAUGCUGUCGGCGAUGGCGUUACCAAACUCAGAGUCUCAGGCGACGACGACGACGACGGCGAAAUCGGCGGCCACGGCGGAGGUCGAGUGCGUGAAAUGCUACUCCUGCGGAUUCACAGAGGAUUGCACCCCUGCUUACAUUUCUCGAGUUCGUGAUCGCUUCCAUGGCCGGUGGAUCUGCGGGCUCUGCAUCGAGGCGGUGAAAGACGAAGUCGUUAGAUCAGGAACGCUCAUCUCCACCGAAGAAGCGCUGGCCCGACACGCGAGUUUCUGCAAAGAGUUCAGAUCCUCGAGCCCUCUGGCGGAAACAGAGCACCCCAUCUCCGCCAUGGGGCGCCUGCUGCGGCGGAGCUUGGAUUCUCCGAGAGUUCUCCGGUCGAAUUCCAGCAGCGUAAUCGAACUCGAAGGAAUCGUCGACAUCGGCGAUUCAGCCAGGCUCCAACGUUCCGGGAGUUGCUUCCCGUCCCUGUCUAGUUAGAAACAAUGAACAAAAAAAAAAAACAGAGUAACACUCUCAAGUGGCUAACUUGCUUUAAUGGGUCUGAAAAUUCGAGGAGAAAACUGACCAAUUUCUAGCGUUCUAGUUCGUAAAUUUCAUCUUCGUUAUUGUACACCAGAUUUUACCUAUGAAGAUAUAAUGUAAGUGGGAACUCGAAUCGAAUUUGAAGUGUAGAUUGAAAGCGGGAAAACGAUUUGUUUUGUCUUCCUUGUUUGGAUGGAAACGCGUUGAAAUGAAUAGAAAAAACAGGUUAGGAAGA